GGAAGCCCUUAAAUGUGUCAACAGAUCGCAAAAGAAACAAAUACAUACAGUAACAGUGUUGGCUACUACGCUGCUCGGUCGGACUCAACGGCAUUUGAUGAAUGGGGCGUUUGGUAACCGCCCUCCCAUCACCAGAGACUCGCGGCCUGCAUUGUCAAAAGUGGGAGCCCCAUUAAUCGGCUUCCCUGUCUAACCGGAGGUGUUCACGUGAAAGACGCCGGGGUGACGUGCCGCGAUGGACGUGUCCGAGGAGUUUGUGGGCCGCACCAUGGUCCAGGUGAUCACGGAGAAGUACGACCUGGACAACUUCCCCUACUGCCGCGGGCCCGGCACUGGUGUAGUGGUGCUGACCAGCCCUCAGAGCUCCCCCGUCAAAGGUCAGCUGAACCUGCCCCGCAUCCUGGUACUGGACAGCUGUGGCAUCACGCAGGCUGGGGACGAGACGGAGGUGGCCACCUUCUGUGCCCACGUGGUGGAGCUGGACCUCUCGAACAACCACCUGAAGGACUGGGGAGAGGUGUUGAAGAUAGUCUCCAACGUGCCGAAGCUGGACUUCCUGAACCUGAGCAUGAACCCCCUGAGCGGCUCCCUGCUGGAGCCCGACGCCACCGAGCCCUUCAUGGAGCUACGCCGCCUGGUGCUCAACAACACACACGUCUCCUGGGAGGUCCUCCACACACUCACACGCGAGAUACCCAAGCUGGAGGAGCUGUUUCUGUGCCUGAACGAGUACCACUCGGUGGAGGUGUCAGACGCCACGUGCCCCUCGCUGCAGCUGCUCCACAUCUCCGACAACCGGCUGCAGGACUGGGCCGAGGUCCGCAAGUUCGGCCUGAUGUACCCGGGCCUGCAGACUCUCAUCCUGGCCAACAACAAGCUCAUGUCCAUCGAGGAGCCCCAGGACUCCCUCGCACGCCUCUUCCCCAAGCUGCGCUGCAUCAACCUGCACAACACAGGUCUGGGUAGCUGGGAGGAUAUUGAGCGGUUGAGUAUGUUCCCUAAGCUGCAGGAGGUCAAGGUGAUGGGGGUGCCACUGCUGCAGUCCUACAGCACCACCGAGCGCAGGAGCCUGGUGGUGGCUCAGCUGCCGGCGGUCACGCUGCUGAAUGGGAGUGUGGUGACAUCAGGGGAGAGGGAGGACGCUGAGCGCUUCUUUGUACGCUACUACGUGGAUUGUCCCGAAAACGAACGCCCCAAAAGGUACCAGACCCUGGUGGCCCAGUACGGGCAGCUGGAGCCCCUGGCCGAUGUGGACCUGCGCCCGGAGAGCACCGUGCUGGUGGACGUGCGUUGCGACGAGCAGGUGGUGGAGCGCCUCAACGUGCAGCUGGAACAGAGCGUGGCCGACCUGAAGAGGGUGCUGCGCCACAUAGCCAAGCUGCCCGGCAACAAGAUGCGUGUCUACCACGUGGCGGCGGGCAUGGGCCCCCAGGAGCUGAAGCACGGCGGACGGGCGCUGCACUCCUAUCAGAUGCGGGAUGGCGACGAGAUCGUGGUGGUGCCCAAGGACCUGUGAGAGGACGGGGGUGAUGUACCUGUUAUGGUAUCCGCUGUAUCCCUUCGCAGCUUUGCGUGUAGAGUGGCUCGCCCUUCAGGGCGGAACGUAUGCCGGUUCUGUAUGCAAAGCUAGGAAGGGAUACUGGGGAGACCAUAUCAGGUACCUCAGUGGCUCUUGGUGGAAGGAGGAGGAGAGGGUACCAACAUUGCACCCUGCUGCAACAGCAAGUAAAGAGCACCCACCCAGCCAGUCAGCUCGCUAAUCAGCUAGUUAGCUAGCCAGGCCCCCCCCUCUCAACUCCACUCCCAAGGGGGACUAGAAGUCCAAGACUUCCCUGAUUGGGAGGAGUUCCACCAUCUUAGCCAAAUCCAGAGCUCUCUCUUCCCUUCCCUUCCCCUUCUCACUCCAACUCCAAAGCACCAACAAUGGCCUGGAAGAACGUAACCUACUUCUCUUACUCUGUGGUCUCUCUCAGAGCAUGGAAAAGUGGAAGAAAUCAAUGCUUGGCCAUGUGUCAUUGUGACAAAAAAAACAAACAAACAAAACGAACGAACUCA